AACAGCUACUAAGCUGGGCGCGUCCUUAGCGGCCAAACCUGAAGCUGUGAGUCAGGUUCCUCGAUAAUAUCAGCUUUAUCGUGCGUUUUUGUUGCCCCAACGCAUUGCAGAUGUUCGCGGACUUUGUCGCCAGGUUGACCCCGUCGCCGGCACCGGUCAGGCUGACUGUGACAGCUACUGAAGCUCAGGAACGAAGAUUCCCACUUUCCGGCUCGCACUCUCAAGAGCCCCGGCAGCGGCUCGACGACAGGGGACUCCAGAACCUCCUGAGUACCAUGCACACGACGGCCACCAGCUCGCCCUCUUCCCGAGUCAAGGCGGCUGGAGCCGCCAGCAGUGUCAGCAGCGCCCGUAGUUGGGCGCAGGGCCUGUGCGCGGCGCGACCGCUCGUGUCCAUGUUCGGCGCUGCAUGCGCCAUCAUGCUGCUUCUCACUCUGGUGCUCUGGCUGAGCAGCGCCUACAGCGACCGAACCAGCCCGCACUGCGACACGCUCGAGUGCCGUUACUACAGCCAGUACCUCGACGACAUCGCGAACACGUCGGUCGACCCUUGCCACGACUUUUACAUGCACGUCUGUUCUCGCUGGGUGUCUCGCGACCGGCGCUCGGUCAAGCAAGCCGUGUACGAGGAGUAAGUGAGGGAGCGC